AUGGACUGCUCCAAGAGGAGCGCGGCCGCGGUGGCCAGCCUCCCUGACGACACCCUGGUGGAGAUCCUCUCCCGCGUUCCGUUUAAGUCACUCUGCCGCUGCAAGUGCGUCUCUAAGGCCUGGCGCGACCUCAUCACUGACCCCCUCAACCGCAAGAAGCUACCCCAGACCCUAGAAGGGUUCUUCUUCAUUGUCAACAGCUGCGUCGACGACUCCGACAGUGACAGUGGAGACGAUGGCGAAGACAUCGGCAGUGAUGGAGGCAGCGACAACUUUGACAGUGAUGGAGACGGCGAAGACAGUGGCAGUGGUAGAGGUGGCAAAAACUCCGACAGUGAUAACGGAGAUGGUGAAGACAGCGGCAGUGAUGGAGGUGGCGAUGAUAGCCACAGUGCCAAUGGAGAUGGUGAAGACAAGAGCGGUGAUGAUGGAGGUGGCGACGACAAUGACAGUGAUGAUGGAGAUGGUGAAGACAGCAGUAGUGAUGGAGGCGACAACGACAACUUGCGACACCAAGUCUGUGUGCAUUUCAUCGACAUGUUAGGGAGACCCCCGCGUCCUGUGGACCAUUGCUUCCCGUUCCUGACUGAGCUGCCGGGGAUUGUGAACAUCUUUGUCUUGGAUGACUGCAAUGGCCUCCUCCUCUUUGGCUGUUUCCAGGGAUCAGGCGAAUCACUUAGCAAGAGCUAUAUUGUGUCCAACCCUGCGACUGAGCAAUGGGUCGUUGUGCCCGACCCUGACAUGAAAUGGCUGUCGUUCGCCUAUUUGGUUUUCGAUCGGGCUGCCUCUUCCCACUUCCAUUUGGUCCAGAUCAGGUGGGACAUGAUACCAGUGCACAUCUACUCGUCUAAAUCUGGGGUGUGGAGUCCUGUCAGAAGUGACUGGGGUGACCUUCGCAUGGCACUUGGCUUAGGCAUCGCAUAUGCUAAUGGCAUGCUGUAUGCGGUCUUGUAUAAGGGGGAUCAGAUAGCUGUGAUGGACGUGGAAGGCAACACAAGGAAGAUCAUCCCUGUGCCCUUUCAGGAGGGCGAUGAGUUCCGGCCGUGUUCUGAUUAUGUUGGCCAGUCCCAAGGUCGUUUGCAUUUGAUUUACCAUGCUGACCUGGGUCAUUAUGAAAUCUCCCCAGAACAGCAGAAUAAUAAAUUGUUCAUAUGGGUUCUUGAGGACUAUGAUACAGAAGAAUGGGUCCUGAAGGACACUGUAAGCUUUUUGAAGCUGUUUGGCCAAACGAUCAAUGGCUUCGAAGUGGUUGCAAUCCAUCCAGAUCAAAAUUUGGUAUUUCUUCAGCACUUUAACCGGGAGCUGAUAUCAUAUAACAUGGACAGCAAGGAAGUGUGUCAUCUCUGCACUCUUGGAACUGGCUAUCGGUCCAUCACUCCAUAUGUUCCUUACUGCAAAGAGUUGUCAACACUUGAAAAUAAGCACUGA